AUGAGCUUUCGAAAUCGGUUGUACUCUUCCCAAGAGAAUCCUGAGGUAGUCGGGGGACACGGUCUUGGAUCUAGCAGUUUCCUGCAGCUGGUAAUUAAAUUUAAGAGUCCAGCGCGGCAGGUGGAAACAGUGCCGCCGAGCACCGGCCACGCGGCAGGUGGACCGAGUGCGGUAGAGCUUGGGCCCGGAGGGUGUUUCCGUGAGUCCCGGGGCGGAAGGGGAUACCCGCGCGCGCUCGCGCCCACCCACGGGGUCUCUGGAAAGUCGGCGAAGCGCCUGCAGCGGAGCCCGGAGCCGCGUCCGCUCGGCGGCUUCGACGGACGCCCCGCAGGACGCCCGCCACGCCCCGCGCCGCCCUGCAGGCGAACGCGGGAGGCGGCGAGGCCCCGCCAGGCCGCCGUAGCGCUGCGGCUCGAGCCGCUCCUCCCGCGCCGCCCUCCGCCCCCUGCCUCCCGGCGCCGCGGCAGCUCUGGGCAGCCAACGCCGCCGCCGCCGCCGCCGCUUCCUCCUCUGCAGCCGUUCGGCCGCUGCGUGACGCGUCGUUUCCUCCCAACAUGGCGGCCGGGGCAGGUCGGCGGUGAUGGAGGCCAGUCCGCGGCCGCGGCGGGUGCUCGUCCCCACAGGAGCCAGGGCAGCCCUGCCCUUGCCGGGCCUCUGAUCCGCCGCCUCGUUCCUCUGUCCCCCCGCCUGACGGCCGCCGGGCUGGGCUCCCUCGCCGUUUCCGGGGCGGAGGGGCGAGUGAGGGGGAAGGUGGUGGUGGUGGUGGUGGCCGGGAAGCGACCCCGGGGCCGGGAGAAGCGGAGGUCCCACGGGCGCGGCCCUUUGGGGGACGGCUACGACCGGCGCACCCCUCGCCCGCCCCGCAGCCGGCCCGGCUCCCCCGCCCCUUCCUGA